AUGAUUGCGUGCUCCCCGGCACCCACUGAAAGGCCUACUGCCCAGGCAAGCACACCAGGUAUGGGAAAGAAGAUCACAGUUGCCGAGCUGUUCAAGGCUGCCGAAGAGCAUGCAAAGCGCGCUGAAAGGCCUACUGCCCAGGCAAGCACACCAGGUAUGGGAAAGAAGAUCACAGUUGCCGAGUUGUUCAAGGCUGCCGAACAGCAUGCAAAGCGCGCUGAAAGGCCUACUGCCCAGGCAAGCACACCAGGUAUGGGAAAGAAGAUCACAGUUGCCGAGUUGUUCAAGGCUGCCGAACAGUACCCGACUCUGUUGACGUCACGACCCGUGAUGCGGAACUGGCCGGAAAUCGGCGAGAAAUCUGGCUGGUUCGCCCGCGUGCCUGCAGGCAGCCGCGUCCCAAUCAACGUCAUGCAGUAUCAGUGA